UGUCUUCGGUCUAUACUCUAUAUAUAUGUCAUUCAAUACUCUAUUUAAUUUUAUAGUCUCACGAGAAGCUGCAGUGAUCAACCCGCCACAGCGGGCAAAACAGGCUGUUCUCUCGCUUUUUAACAUUAACCGUAGCCUCUUCAUUUGCCCGCAUUGUACCUAUCGCGUUUUAGCGAUAAUUCCGACAGAAAUGUGUUCGAAUUACUUUUUAAAAACCAGAUUUAUCUUCGAAAACGUCGCACAUUAAAUCGAUGUUUUGGGUUAUUCGUCGAGGUUGCACAGUCACUUAUCCAAUGCUGUGCGACACUUUUCAUCAAGCUGAAACCAAGGACUUCCUGCAUUCCAUUUCGGAAUCCAAGCCAGCCUGUUCAUGAGUGUCUAGAGCGCAAAUCUGGAAAUUCCAUUCCACGAAUGGAAAUGGAAUGACGUAUAUCCGUACAUUUCCAAUUUCGCUGUUACCCGACUGUUGCCGAUGUUGCAUUUUGCACACGGUUUUAUUUUACGGAUUUGUAGCGAAAAUCGAAGACGUUUAUGCUUUUGAAAGCAGUCAAAGCACAGUAAAGAUUUAUCGAAAAGACUGGUAACAUUCUGCUUGCGGAAUUAUGUAAAUACGCGAUAUACUUAUUGCAACAUUCCGAAUAACUACACGACCCGUCUGCCACCGAACAUGCCCACCACAAUGCGUUACUUUGGGAACAGUGCUCGGAUGCGCGCGAGAUGAACUACGGGAACACGGUGCUAGUGCGGCGCGACAACGACCAAUGGUGGCUGGGAUACGUUCAGGAUAUUGACAGCGAUCAGUUCUUCAUCGACUUCGAUGCCAGCACAGUCAGCGCCGAGUGGAUUCAUGCUAAAGAUGUGUGCCCUCAUUACUUCAUCGGUGACCUGGACCGUCUUCCGCUUCCGGGCUUAUCCGCGCAUGUGGCGCUGCGAAACGAGGACAACGGUCCGCUGGUCUUCCAACCGGCCACUAUCAUGGAGAAUCUCCACUGCAAGUUCUGCGCUGUACACCUGGGUGAUUCCCGCGACCGCCGCAUCGUGCCGGUGCGUCAGCUGACAACCCAACUGCAGCCCGCGGGUAGUCCGCCAAGUUUCUUCGGAAAGCAUAACGGACUCGUCUACCGGAAGCAUGUCGUCCAGUUCGGCAAGGCCCACCUUUUGCGUCACCUAAAGUUCUUCCCCCAGCUCAUGGUUGAGGCGUGCCAGUUAGAGUGGGCCACUGGUAAUCGCCACUGCAGUGCCAGCUGUCGCUUUAGCAUCCUUCCGCAUGGAAUGGAUAGGUUUUACUUUCACUGUUGGAGUGGGCAUUCUGGGCAGUAUGAGUUUGGUGUACGCGUGUUUGUGCGGGCGGCAACGGACACGGUGACGUUCAUCUGCGCCGAAGUGCACGGUGAUUCCGCCGGGUACAGUGCUUUCUGGACCGUGGACUCUCUGAAGAAAGCCUGCCAGACGUAUCUCUCCCAACAGCAGUCCUUGCAACGGAAGCUAGAGCCGAGCACGAGCGCUAAAUUUUUUGCUCAGAUUGGUGGUGGCUUUGCAGCGGCUGGUCGCAAACUGUUCACGUCUGCCGACUCCCCAAAAGUUCCGUUGCAACAUGAGUCAGAAAUGUGCAUCACCGAUCUAUCGGCUACUGUUCUUGAGUGUGUUUUGGGGAAUACGGAUGUUGUUACUGAAUUCCGGGUCAGCCAGGUGUGUGCGUUAUGGAGACUUGUGCUGCCGAAAUCUAACAGCGAGCGUUGCGUGAUGUACGUCCUCCGUCCGGUGUCCAUUCGGGAACCGGGUGACUACCACAUUACUGCGGAACUGAGCGUCAAUGAACGCUACAAAUUCUCUGCGAUAAUGGAACGCAGCAUUUCUCCGAACACGCGAGCGGUAGCGUUGGUAGAUGGAAGAACAUUCAAAAAGCGCAGCUACGAUUUCCAGGAUGACUUGUUCGCAUCACGAAUGCAGAGCAUCAUCGAGUUAUUAGAAAAGAAAUCCCUUCGUGUGCCGCUUUUCAUCGCCAAAAACUUCAUCGAGAAUCCGGCGCGUGAGUGUGCUGCGUUCUUGAGACUAGGUCUCAAUGCUCAGACGGGGAAUUACGAAUGCCGGGAGCUGUCGUCAGAACGCGGAUGGAUGUCCAUGUGUGACGAACUGCGGCUGAUAAACUACACCGUCUGCGACGGAGUCGAAUUCUCGUCUUUGGGGAUGCAGUGGCAAACCAGGGACGCCAUGGCCGGAUACUGAGAGGAAGAUUGUCUGGAAACGAUUUGGCGAUAGAGGACAGCUGGACGUGGUGAUCCCGUUCGUGCGCUUCCGUGGCACGGAGACCGCCGCGGAGCAUUGCCGAGGCUUCAUCGCAGCGGCCAACAACGCCUGCCCAGUCGUUUCGCCGCGAGUGCUGAAAAAGGUCACGGCGAUGCAGCAGCGGUGGGUGCGGACGUUGGCCUAUCCCGAAGAGUGGGCGGCGAUCCGCAAUCUUUUCCGGAUGUUCAACAGUUUCCACGCCGACGACAUCCCGCAAUCCUGGGAUGAAGUCGAUUUGCGCGUGCUGGACUUGUCGCGGUUGAGCAGCUUGACCUUCGCCGCUCUAGACGCUUAUUACAAAGACUGAGCAGGGUUCUAUCUUGCGUCAUUCCAAAAGGGCAUGAUUGUGUUGUAGGGGGAUUUAUAGUGGGCUAGUUCUCAGUUAUGUUUUGCUGUUUGCUUUUUGUUGUCUGAUAUGUUGCGUUGGAGGAAGAGAUUAAUUCAUGAGUGGUUGUUUGCCCCCAAGGAUGUUCGGUAGUACGUGCUGUGUUCUGUAAUCUGGCUCUUCCAUCAUGUAUUUUUCUUUCCUACUGUACCUGUCUGAUAUUAUAAUAAUUUCAUUACUUUGUACCUCUUAUUUUGAGUGUGGACAAAUUUCGAUCGUCAUUCAUCAAAGGACGAUUUACUGUCAGCGGGAAUUUUGUUGAUUCACGGUAUUGCCCUUCACUUCGGUCUGUUUUUGCGUGAAUGGUAAUGGGAACAUUGGUUGUCAGUUACAUAAUAGUAUUCGCCUUUUCAGAAGCAAUGCACAUGAGUUACGUUCUCUUGGCUGUUUUAUUGUUGUUUUAUACUCGGCUUGUUUUCUUUAAUGGAUGGCAUGCGUCCUGAUUGUUGUGGCUAUUGUUUGUUGAGCAAUAGUGUUG